UGGUAGUUUCAUAUCAUCUCAUUCACCAGAAAAUUGAACAGUAAAGUUUUUAUUUGCUUCAUAAGAUUUGUUUUUUUGUAAGAUGGAUAGAAGAUCAACAUUUCGAUUACGCUUUCCUUGGUCUGCUGCAUCUGAACCUGAACCUGCAGCUGCAAGCAAACCAGCCACUCAGCCUAAUACCAAAUCUACUGGUUCUAGUCGAACAACUCGUCAAGGUUCUAGAUCACGAACUAGUUCACAGCCUUCCAGCAGUACUAGACCCAAAGCUAGCCCGUCCUUGAGUCCUGUAAAUGAAAACUCAUCUCCAAAGCAGCCAUCAAGUUCCACAAAAACCACGAUAUCUGGAAAGCCUUCUUCACCACCAAAAACACCUAGCCAGCCCACCACAAAUACUAGCCCUUUACCUGAAAGUAGCUCAGUUCUUCCUCAAUCUUCAUCUGACAAGAAAACUCCUACCCAGUCCUCUACCACAAAGGCUCCAGCUAGCCCGAAAACUGAAACUCAAACCCCUACAUCCACAACAUCGCAGAGACCACAAUCUAGUGCUCCCUCCGGAACUGAGUCUCAACCCUUGAUACCUUCUCAAGAACAACCAGCUUCACUGUCUGAUGUCCCAACUAACUCCAAUGUGUCUCAGAUUCCAUCUCCAUCCCCGUCUCGUCCAGCUCCUCAAUCACAAGAAAUGAGUCCAAAAUCCUCCCCAACACGCAACGGUCCUCAGGUCCUUUCAACUGACCAACUUACCUCAAAGGCAGCUAGCACUGCGAGCGACCAGACUUCUGCAAAUCCAUCUGAUAUAACCUCUCAAAUGCAACCGAAUGAUAUAAUUUCCCAGCCAACAUCUCCACCAAAACAAUCACACGACAGCUCAGAAAUUUCUCCCAAAUCCACCGAAACACUACCAUCAAACUCUGAAAAAGAACCAAUGCUCACAACAGUUGAGCCUCAAUCAGAACAAAUGGAGCUUCUAAAAAAAGAAGCCAUAUCUGAGACAUCAACUGAAGCAAAAGAUAAGUCACCUCAAAAGGUAAAACCUUCAGAUUCUUCAAGAAUCAUUACUGAACCUAAAACAGCCAGGCCGUUGGAGAUAAACAUCCCGGAAACUAAAGAAGUGAAGGAAGUUGUGCAAGAGACCACAGAUAAAAACUACCGUGAGCAGCCAGACAUUGUGUUUCAAUCAAAGCAAGCAUAUACUGAGAAGCAAGCCAGUUCUGAUAAUGAUCAAAUUCGGGUGAACUGUGUCUCUAAUGGGAAACAGACAAGAACAAUUUCAGCUGAACAAGAUGUACCCCUUAACAAAGAGGUAAAAGAUAACAUCUCAAAGUUAAUUAAUAGGAUGACUGUUGGAGAUGGCAAGCAAAAAUUGGAAGAGGGGCCGGUGAGCGUAGUCACCCUUGCAGGGGAUAACAGAGGAGCAUCUAUGCAACUUAGUUCAAACUCAUCCAGAAAAGGAAAGGCAGUUCACAUUCACAGAGGCUAUAAACUGAAUGCAGAUGAAAGUACCGAUGCAACGACUGAUGCAGAGGGAACUUCAAAGGGAAAACAAACAAACGAUGCAAGGACGAUGAAAGAUCAAGGACUAGAGGCAUACAUGAACUGCAAUGUGCAGGGGCUUAACAACUCAAUUACAUUUGACAGUACCAUUCAGGGGAAAAAUCCAGGUAUACACAUGAUAUUCCCUCGUAUGCCUUCCGAACCAACAAAAUCAUGCGAGACAACUGGACUGAUUGAGGCACACAAGUCCGAAUACAAUGUUAUCCGUCCUCAGAAACAUACAUACAAGCCAACAAUCAAAAGAAGAUGUCUCGAAGGUCUUUUCGUUGAACCAAGUGAUUCUGAUUCAGAUAACCCUGAAAAACCUCGGAGACAUGGUUGCCAUGUUGGCCGUAAGAAGAAGAGAGAUAAUGAUAUCGACACUCCUUGAAACUAAUGCAUGUAACUAAUGAAAGUUAACAUAUCAUUUUAUACAUUUUCAAUAAGAUCUGUUGAUAGCAAUUGUAACUGUGAUGCAAAUGAUCAAUAAAACAUGAUAUCCAUGAGAUGUUGUUAUCUGUUUCGCGUA